UCCCAUCUCUUAACAAAAUCAGUAACAAUGGCCCGCCAAUUGCUUCUCCUUGCUCUUGUCUUCGCCGUCGUUGUCGGCAUUGUCUCCGCCGCAUCACCCAAGGCCGAUGACCAUAAACCCUCUGACGCCAAAUCUGCUGAAAAUAAGACUGCCGCAGCUGCCGCUCCAACCCCUGCCCAUGCUCACAAAGGAGCUGCUUCUUCUCCCAAGGCCGAUGCCGGUGCCCCCAAGGCCGAUGCCGGUGCCCCCGAGGCCGAUGCCGGUGCCCCCAAGGCCGAUGCCGGUGCCCCCAAGGCCGAUGCCGGUGCCCCCAAGGCCGAUGCCGGUGCCCCCAAGGCCGAUGCCGGUGCCCCCAAGGCCGAUGCCGGUGCCCCCAAGGCCGAUGCCGGUGCCCCCAAGGCCGAUGCCGGUGCCCCCAAGGCCGAUGCCGGUGCCCCCAAGGCCGAUGCCGGUGCCCCCAAGGCCGAUGCCGGUGCCCCCAAGGCCGAUGCCGGUGCCCCCAAGGCCGAUGCCGGUGCCCCCAAGGCCGAUGCCGGUGCCCCCAAGGCCGAUGCCGGUGCCCCCAAGGCCGAUGCCGGUGCCCCCAAGGCCGAUGCCGGUGCCCCCAAGGCCGAUGCCGGUGCCCCCAAGGCCGAUGCCGGUGCCCCCGAGGCUGAUGCCGGUGCCCCUAAGGCUUCCAGCCCUGCCGAUGGCCCUGCUUCUGGCCCUGCCGGCAAUGAGGGUUCUGCCGAUUCCCCUGCUGGAUCCCCCGAGUCCGAUGCUGAUGCGUCAUCUCCACCUUCCCCAAGCGGACCUGCUGCCGGACCCGUCAGCGAAGACGAAGAUAUGGCUGAUGCACCAAGUGAUUCACCCGCUGAUUCUCCGCCCAGUGAUGCUUCGUUCCAGAAAGUGUCAGCCGCCACCGUUGCCGGGGUUUUGGGCGUUGCUGGAUUAUUUGCCUUCUAAACUUUUUAAUUUUAUGAGAUGGGUUUGAAUUGAAUUUGAAGAGAUUAUGGUUCUGUUGCUUACUUAAUGUAUUUCACCCUUCUCUGAUAAUUCAAAAGAGUGAUUAUCAUAAGAUCAUUUUCCAUUAA